UUAAUAUAACUGGUAUAAGGUUUGCAUCACAUGUCAAUUACAAUGAAAGUUUGUAAAUUAUAAUGGAAAUUAAAAAAAAGAAGUUUAUUAAAACAAUUGAAAAUGUAAAUUAAUUGAUAAAUACAUAACUAGGCUAUAUAAGAUUAAUUCUGUUGAAUUCAAUUACUAAAUCUUAAAUCAUUCCGAAAUAAUCAUGAUUGCGUUUUGAUCUGUUGCGUUUCUUGAUCUUUUCGUCUGCUCUGCUCGGCCAAGACAAACUCAGCUGAUUAGGUUGACAGCUGUCAGAUUCAUGAGGUUUUGUUUAGCAUACAAUAAUGUACUGUUUUACUAUUUUUACUGUUUAUUUUAUAUUGUACUGUGGUAAAAUAUAUUAGAAAGUAUUAUUUUUUGUUUAAAUUACUGUGUUCAAUACAGUAUUCAUUUAUUUCAAGUAUCUAUAAUUCUAACCUUAUUAAUUUGCUAGUUGCCAACCACUGCAUUCUGCAACUACCGUACUGUGAGAGGCUUCUUUAGCCCAUUUAAAAUGUGUGUAGCGAUACCAUAUUAUUGUAUUAGAUGAUCUAUUCAUUAAAAGCAAAACGUUUUCUACAAAAUGAAUACAUUAGGACUUAGCUUGAUUGUCAAAAUGGGUUGUUUUUGUACCAAAAAUGUGUUGCAUAUAAAUUCGCAAAAAUAUUAUGUAAAAGAGGAGCUAGGCGAAGGGGGAUUCAGUGUGGUUCUUCUGGUAGAAAAUGCAAGAACAAAAAAAUACUAUGCAGUCAAGAAAAUAAUCUGUCAUAGUAUAGAUGACCAGAAACAGGCAGAACAAGAAAUAGAGUAUCAUAAAUGCAUAAAUCAUCCAAAUGUUAUACGAUGUUUAGAUUCUAGUAUAACAGGAAUGGCAGAUCCUGUUAUGAAUUUGACUAGUGAAGCCUUGCUUCUCUUACCUUAUUAUCCGAAAGGAACAUUAGCCAAAGAACUUGAAACGAGAUGUAAGAAUAGACACUACAUGGAGCUAACCGAUAUACUGCGAGUUUUUCUUCAAAUUUGCGAUGGAGUGAAAGCAUUCCACGAAGCCAAGCCAGUGCCAUUAGCUCAUAGAGACUUAAAAACAGCCAACAUACUUUUGGACGUUGAUUAUUCUCCAGUAAUUGUUGAUCUGGGAUCAGUGGCUGCGGCUAGUAUCAAGAUUUGUGGCGGCAGCGAAGCGCAGCGCCUGCAGGAUAAUGUGAACGAACGGUGCACGAUGCCCUACCGCGCACCAGAACUCUUCAACAUUGAGAGCUACUGUAUGAUAGAUCAGCGCAUCGACAUAUGGUCACUGGGCUGUGUAUUGUAUGCGAUGUGUUACUUCAAAUCACCGUUCGAUAUAAUCUACGAGAGGGGAGAUUCAGUAGCUCUGGCGACCGUCAGUGGAAAUAUCAGCUUUCCUGAAAUCACUCCCUACCCAGAAGAAGUUCACGACUUGAUGCGGUACAUGCUGAAAGUGAAUCCGAUGGAGCGGCCUUACAUUUACAGUGUCAUCGAGAAAGCACAUGAUACCCUUGCCAAAAUAAGAGUUACAGCUUGAAGAGCGAAAGGCACUUUCUAUUUUACCCAAAACCCAACUUCAUGUAAAUAUAAUCGACUUGUGGUGAAGAAAAGUUUUGAAAACCAACAGUUGUCUCUAUUUUCAUGUUUUUCAUUCGCCAGUGUAAUAUAAAAUAUGAUUUCAGACAAGUGAA